AUGGCUACAGGACAGAAACUUUAUCCUCGAGCCAAUCUUAAGAAGAUUGUUAAAGCUCAUUCCAAGCGUAAUCUCACCAAAAAUGUUGAUGUAUUGAUCUUCCUCGAUUAUAUGCUAUUCCUCGAAACGUUAAUGAAGGAAGCUGGUAUCAAUGCGAAGCAGGCUGGAGAGCGUGGCAUUAGUGCCAAAAGUAUUAAAAAGGUUACCGAGUUAUCGCUAUCGAAAUUUAAGGGAUGAUGUUCGAGCUUCGAUGAGUGGUUGUGUAAAUGAUACAGUGAAUACGCUCUCCAAGAAGGUACGGACCUCAAGGGCGCUCGAAUUCGAAGGGGAAAUACGGGAUGUACCUAGGUACCUAAUGUAGAUGCUACGCACAAUGGACCGGACGGCAGAUAGCGAUGUGAAGAGUGCCUAGGUACCAUACCGUUGGUGGUCGACAAGUAUAAGGAAGAAGAAGAAUGUAUUGGGCUGAUGCGUGAGGCUGUGAAUUCACGGAGCUCAGGGGACAAGGCGAAGAUGACCAGAUGCUAGCAAUUCUUUUUAACCAUACAUCAAUCACUUGGAGGUUGAUUUGGUUAAACUACAAUUAAAUAAGAAUCAAACAAUACCUAAAUACAGCUCAAGUUCAUUUCCAGA